AUGCCGCCCAAAGCCGAAGAAAGGACACACCUGAACCUGGUGGUGAUCGGACACGUGGACUCGGGGAAAUCCACCACCACCGGACACCUGAUCUACAAGUGCGGAGGCAUCGACAAGAGAACCAUCGAGAAGUACGAGAAGGAAGCGGCCGAGAUGGGUAAAGGUUCGUUUAAAUACGCCUGGGUGAUGGAUAAGUUGAAGAGCGAGCGCGAGCGCGGCAUCACCAUCGACAUCGCGCUCUGGAAGUUUCUCACCAAAAAGUUUUCUGUGACGGUGAUCGACGCCCCGGGUCACCGAGACUUUAUCAAGAACAUGAUCACCGGAACCUCACAGGCGGACGUGGCGGUGUUGAUCGUGUCGGCGAGUAAAGGCGAGUUUGAGACGGGUUUGAGUAAAAACGGGCAGACGCGGGAACACGCCCUCCUCGCCUUCACGCUCGGGGUCAAACAGCUCAUCAUCGGCGUCAAUAAGAUGGACACGGUCGAGUUUUCCGAAAGUCGAUUCCAAGAAAUCCAGAAGGAGGUGCUCAUCUACAUCAAGAAGAUCGGGUAUAACUCUGGAAACGUGCCCGUGGUGCCCAUCAGCGGGUUCAACGGAGACAACAUGCUGGAGCCCUCUACCAACAUGCCCUGGUACAAAGGUUUUCUUAAAGGGGGGAAGACUCUUCUUGAGGCCAUUGAUUUGAUGGAACCUCCAGUUCGACCUGUACAGAAACCUCUACGGCUCCCCCUGCAGGACGUCUACAAGAUCGCAGGGAUCGGCACGGUCCCGGUGGGGCGGGUGGAGUCUGGCGUGCUGAAGCCGGGGAUGGUGGUGAACUUCGCUCCGAUGUCGGUCACGGCGGAGGUGAAGUCCGUGGAGAUGCACCACCAGGCCCUGACCGAAGCUCUGCCCGGAGACAACGUGGGCUUCAACGUCAAGAACGUCUCCAUCAAGGACAUCAAGAGAGGGAACGUCGCCGGAGACUCCAAGAACUGUCCUCCUGCCGAGGCCGAGAGCUUCACCGCCCAGGUGAUCGUGAUGCAGCACCCCGGGGGGAUCCGGGUCGGUUACUCUCCGGUGCUCGACUGUCACACGGCUCACAUCAGCUGUAAGUUCUCUGAGCUGCAGCAGAAGUUGGAUCGACGCUCGGGCGUCGUCCUGGAGGAAAAACCCACCCUCAUCAAGUCCGGAGACGCCGCCAUCGUCCUGCUCAAGCCCAACAAACCUCUCGUGGUCGAGGCCUUCAGCGAGUUCCCCGCCCUCGGGCGCUUCGCCGUCAGGGACAUGAAGGUCACCGUUGCCGUGGGAGUCGUGAAAAGCGUCACCAAAACUGAAGUCGCCAAAUCUGCCAAGAAGAAGUGACCUGCGCUGUGAUUGGCUCUGCCUCUGAGUCGGCCCCGCC